AUGUUACCUGGGCAGACGUUUGUUUGGCCAUCCGUAGAAGCUGAGGUGAGUUUGAUUGAUUAAAGUUUAAUAUGCUGCUGAAUGCUUUUCUCCAGAGGUGGCCUUGGAACUACUAACGAGACGGCUGUGUUUGCAAGAAAUAGAAAAUAGAGAAAUAGUUUGGAAAUAGAGAGGGGUGUGUGUGUAUGGGAGUGAGUGUGUGCCCUAUAGAUUUGUGUAUUGUGUUUGUUGGGUGUGGGUGUGUGAGGGUUCUCUGUUCAUUGUGUUUCUAACUCCCUCUCCUUCCUCCCUCCUCUCUCUUUCUCUCUCUCUCUCGCUCUUUCUUUCUUCUUUCUUUCUUUCUUUCUUUCUUUCUUUCUUUCUUUCUUUCUUUCUUUCUUUCUUUCUUUCUUUCUUUCUUUCUUUCUUUCUUUCUUUCUUUCUUUCUUUCUUUCUUUCUUUCUUUCUUUCUUUCUUUCUUUACCUCUUCUCUUUCCCCCACUCCCUACAGAGGUCCUUCCGUUCAUUCGGUAAUGAUGACCGUCACGUCAUGGCCAAACACUCCACCAUCUACCCAUCUUCGUCUGAACUGGAGGCGGUCCAGACCCUGGUGUCCACUGUGGAGGGUGCCCUCAAACACGUCUCUGAUUGGAUAGACCAGAGCAAUGUCCAAUCAGUGCAGAGUAACAGCCAGGCAGACGCAGCAGCCGGCCAGACAGACGGCCAGCCGAACCCCACAGACAGCACAAUGACAGAGGACGGUAGUGCUGACCAUGACGACGACCUUAACGAUGACCCCAACGUUAGUCCCAGCGCCAGCCCAGAUGACUGCACAGACAUUAGCAGCAGGUGGGGUUUUGGUUCUAACUGAUGCAUGCUGGGAUAUAGGCCUAUGGUGCUGUGUUGCGUGUCUGCCAGGUAGACAGGAAUGUGUAUUGGUUCUUUUCUUUUUUCAGGUAUUGAGAAAUUCUGACUCUUGAUGUUAUGGAAUUCUAUUGACGACUUGAUAUUUAUCUGUUUUCUCCAAUAACUUAAGUAGUAGUACAGUUGAUGUAGUUCAGUAAGUUAGUCAGUUAGUUGGUUAGUUAACCAAUUCAAUGUUUUGAGUGUAACCCAGCUGCCUGUUAUCUUCAGGGAGCCCAGUGGAGGUGUGCUGUGUGGGGUGAUGAGGAUCGGCCUGGUGGCUAAAGGUCUGCUCAUCAAAGAGGACAUGGACCUGGAGCUGGUGCUGAUGUGUAGAGAUAAACCCACAGAGACACUGCUGUGCACUGUAUGUGAUAACCUGCCCCUGCAGAUACAAGUAAGAGAUAUGAGAGAGACGCAUGCACGCAGUACACACAAACACCAGGGUUUCCGUUAGGGCUUUUGGCCCCAAAAAAAUUAAUGAAAAGCCGACAAUUGUUGCCGGCCAAAUUGACCGGGAGUAAAAACAUUCCUUUUGCAAAAGAAUGCUUUUUAUUAAUUCAUGGAAAUAUCAGUCGAUGUAAAUACAUUUGGCCGUCAUGCUUAUCGGUCUAUAGAUGAAUUUGCUAAAUGUAGUGGAAUGAAAUUAGGGUCUGUGUAUUUUCAUUAGUCGUCAUGUAUCACAUGCGCACAGCGUACAGAACCUAUUUUGAGCGGAGUAUCACUUGUCAGACAGCGCUAGAGUUGCUGCUUCAGCUCCUCUAACAGCUUGUUGCAGCUGGAGUGAAACGUGCUUUUAUAAGCGCAGUCAUUGCGCAACAAUUGUAAAUGCAAUCAAGUGUUUUUAGAUUUUUUUGUGACCACAGUUAAAAAGAGCUACUCUUUUUAUUUCUCAACUGGUAAUUGAAGCGCCUCACCCAUUCACCAUUCAAGUGUAUUACAGGAGUUGCAUGUUCUGUUAAGAUGAAUUACCAUCAUCUAAAUGUGAUUUCUGUCAUUCUGAGCACCGUGGGUGGACACCCUAAUGGGUUACGCACCCAAUGCAAAUGGGUCCGGUACAUUUGUCAAAUGGAUGGUCAAUUAAAAUCUUCCCGGUCACGUUGUCUGGCGAAAACACAAACACAUGCUUGCGUGAGCAUACAUGUAGUCAAGGUUAACCUUAGCUACAUAAACAGGUAUACUUAUAGGAACUGCCACUGUAUACUUCCUAAUCCCAAGCAUACCUGUUUCUCCUCAACAUAUGGUCUCAUAUAGCUUGGUAUAGAGUUCACAGUACACCCAUUUCAGCAUUUUCUUGGCCUUGAUUUAAUAAUAAUAAUAAUAUGCCAUUUAGCAGACGCUUUUAUCCAAAGCGACUUACAGUCAUGCGUGCAUACAUUUUUGUGUAUGGGUGGUCCCGGGGAUCGAACCCACUACCUCAGCGUUACAAGCACCGUGCUCUACCAGCUGAGCUACAGAGGACCACAUCACAUUGAGGCCUACAUUUCCAUUUUAACACAUGCUCGUAUCCAUAGCCAUAUCAAAGCUACAUUUUUGGAUGUUUUCCCAUGUGUCAGUGGAAUGUUGUGUGAAACCUGUGGGACAUUUAUGGUUCUGCCCUAUUACUCCAACCCCUUCCCAUCUCCUCUCUCCCCCUCUUCCAUGGCCCCUUCUCCCAUGGCCCCCUCUCCCUUUCGCCCCUUGCGUGCCCCCUCCAUGUUAAAUAGCCAGUCAGAGGCAUCCAGUCAGGCAGUGUCAUGCGUGGUAAUCAUGCAUCCCAGUGCCCCGAGAUCCCUGUGCUUUAAAUCACAUCCUAAUGGAAUGCAGAUUGGUCUUGUGUGGCUCUCUGCACAGUUAAACAGCCACACCAUGUCAACCUCAGCCUCACACUGAACACACUAGCUAUGUAUCCUUGAGUGUGUGUGUGUGUGUGUGUGUUUUUUUAUGUAUCUUUGAUAGUGUGUUUGUGUGUGUUUAUGUCUGUGCACGGGUUUAUGUAUCUUUGUGUGUGUGUCAGUGUUUGUGUGUGUGUCAGUGUGUGUGUGUGUGUGUCUGUGUCUGUGUGUAUCAGUGUGUAUGGCUGUCUGAGUGCUGCUGACACAAAUUCAUCAUCUGAUCUUAAGCCGGAUCACUGGGGCCAGGGGUAAUUGAUUCCCGUUGUAUGAGAGAAUAAUUAAUAAAAACGACUGACACACACACAUUGUGUGUGUGUGUGUGUGUGUGUGUGUGUGGGAAGAAUGCAUAAAAAGGACAUGCACAUUGUAAUUGUGUGGCUGGUAUUAAUACAAGGGAUUAUAGCAACAGAAGCAGCUUUCAGCCUCCACAUCAAACAAUGUUGUUUUCAAUCAGGAGCCUUUUUUCUUUAUUUGUUUGUAUUCUCCCUCUCGCUAGCUCUUCUCAUAAUCUGCUUUGUAAAUGCAUCGUCUCUGAUGGUUUGUGUGUGUGUGCGUAAGUGCCUGUGUGUGAAAUGUACUGUUGGUGGUUGGCCUUGCUCUUAACGGCUUUCACAGCCGAGAUUGUCAUGACCCAAGCCAAGGGUUUGCAGUUUGUCCGGGCUGUGACCUUUAACCCUUGACCUCUAACGCCUGCUGUUAUUGAUCUCUGACCCCUAACAGAAGUUAACCGAGGAGAAGUACGAGGUGCAGCGCUGUGUACCAGAGGCGGCCAUCUUGGUGUGUAGUACGACGGAGCCAAAACUCACCCUGAAGGUCACCCUCACCUCCCCACAGAUGAGAGAGGACAGCGACACGGACGAACAAGGUAACACACUCACGUCUGUGUCGCUACUGUUUUUGUGUUUAUGUUUGUCUAUUGUCUUUUUUCUCCUACGGAUUAGGGGGGAAAUGAAAAGAGUGUCUUUGCAUGGAAGAGGGAUAUAGAGGGGGAGGUAUUGAGGUGUGUAGGUUUGCAUACGCAUGUUUGUGCGCACGUGUGUGUGUGUAUGAUUUAUGCUACUGCAGAGAGCAGCAGCACUAGUGUUGUUAGCAGCACUACACUGGGACACAGUAAGCUUUGAUCAGAAAAUAUAUCCAUGUUCUAUGGCCCUCUCCCAAGCUACGCCCGUAUUCCAAUCCUCCUGGCUUGGGGAGACAAUACAUGCAUAAGACAAGACGCCAUAUUCCCUCUACACUACCUCUUUAUCAAACCUUGCACAUAGUGUGCACGUACACACACACCACUCUGUAACAUAACGUCAUUUAUCCAGCAGUCUGGGCAAUAUUAGGCUCAAGGCUCAUGUAGUCUCAAAUCUGUAUUGACGUGUUUUCCUGAAAGCCAGAAGAAUAGUGGUAAAUGUUUAGUUGCGGUCAUAGUGAUUCUUCACCCUACUAUGCUGCCUCAGCAGCCCUGUAGCAUGUAUCAUGGUCAACACCAAGACUACACAUUUGACCCAUGGGCCUCUCUUGGCUAAACAAACAGCCACAGGGCUGGGAGAAGGAGGGGGCCAGGACAAGGCAGAGUCAUAGCCCCACCCUAGAAUACACGUUCUCUCUGCAGAUAAGACACAUUUUUACAUGUACAUUUUAGUCAUUUAGCAGACGCUCUUAUCCAGAGCGACUUACAGUUAGUGAGCGCAUACAUUUUUUCACACCACUGUCUAUCUUUCCGCUCCUCAUUCUAACCCUCUCUGUCUAUCAUCUCCCCCUCUCUGUCUAUCAUCUCCCCCUCUCUGUCUAUCAUCUCCCCCUCUCUGUCUAUCAUCUCCCCCUCUCUGUCUAUCAUCUCCCCCUCUCUGUCUAUCAUCUCCCCCUCUCUGUUUAUCUGUCUAUCUUCUCCGUCUCCCUGGGCCCUCACUAACCAUGACUAAGUAAGAUGAGGUUCGCGUGAGACCAAAGAAACCAUACAGAAAAGACCAGUGUGAACUUGAGUACUUCAACUUCAUCUUUGUCCUCUGUCUUACUAACACGGACCUGAUCGACACCCAACCACCACAUUCCUUUCUUUCUUUUUCACCAUCACAGUCUCCAUCUCUCUCACUCCUCCUUCAUCUCUUGUACUAUUUCACAUACUCGGGUUGUUUCUCACUUUGAGACAACAAGCUGUCCACUGUAAAGUGAUGUUGUGAGUGCCGAACCAUUGCUAAAUAACAUCCCUCAAAAGGGUUAUAAAAUGGCAGCAGUUACUGUCCUAUCUAUCCUCCUCUGUCUGUGGUAGCCUACUGGAGGGGAGUGUGGUGUGUUUGUAAUUGGGAAGAGGAGAUGGGCGUGAGGUAGGGGUUGCAUCCCAAAUAGCACCCUAUUCCCUAUAUAGUGCACUACUUUUGACCAGGGCUCCAUACUCAGACAGCGAGGGAGAGGGAGAAAUCUAGACCCGACAAAUCAAUAGCGGAGCCAGGAACGCACCCAUCCAUCGUGGUGCUGGUCUAUCCUGCUCGACAGUAAGGUCUGAGUGAGAGAUGAGAGAUGACACGGGGGCGGCUGUAGAUCAAGGGGAACUAUCCCCCCCGUACCCGUCGUAUUUCCAGCGAGCGAGGGGCGGGUCAAGGGCCCUGUCGCAGUGAGGAACGGCUCAGUAUCACACAGCAACUCAUUGGCAACAGGAACUCAUCACAGCAAUUGGUAUGAACCCAGGCUGCAUCAGUCUGGGUGGCUGUCUGUAAACAGUGUGUCUAUACUCUGUCUGUAGUGUGUCUGUACACAGUCUGUACAUAGCUUAAAGAACAUGGCCAGCUCCAGAGUCUAGUACCGUUGAUUAGAAGAUGAGGCACGACACUCUCUCCAUUAUAAUUAAAAAAUAUAUAUAUAUAAAGAUUAAACAAAGUGUGAUGUUUUGGUCUCAGCAGACCUUCGUUCGACAUAGAUCUAAGAGUGUAAUAUCACCCGCUGUGCCUUGCCUGGAUGGUCAUUUGUAUGAACCCACCAUCAGUCCCAGUGCUGUCUGUACUCAGCUAAAAGAACGUGACCAUUUCAAAAGUCUAAUAUUGCCCUCUGGAUAUCUAAUAUCCCUUCUGGAUGGCAAGCUGCAUUGAGAGCCACUCCAUUGCAAUAGAUAGAUAUGCACUGCUGCUGUAUAUAUUCUAUUAAGAUCGAUAGGCAAUGCUUUAUAUAUGCUAUUAGGCAAUGUUUAUCGAACUUAUUACGGUGCAGAAUGUAACAAUGUCAAGUUUCAAUAAGUGCCCUUUCUGACACAGCUUUUUUCAUCCUUAAUGGAAUGAUCAAUUAUACUACUGCUCUCUUAUUUGAUGUGUUCAGAUCAAUGUAUAGAUUUCACAAUUGUUCCGUAAUGUAAUUCAUAAUCAAUCAUUCAUGUGAAGGAGGGUAGUGAUUUAUUUUCAACCAGAUUUAGAUAUGGCAAAACAAACCUUGAAUUUGUCUCAAGACGACAAGUUAACGCUUUCUGUUGGAUAAACCUGUAUUUGUAAGUGUUGGUUGGAGCACUGAAAUCCAUUUCAAAGAGCCAUUCAUAACCUCAACAAGAGCUCGGUGUGUAGCUGAGUAGAGUGGUCUGGCUGAGGAGAGAUGAUGAGAGAGAGAGAACGGAGGAGAGAGGGUUAGAGAGAGAGAGAGAUCGGGAGAGAGGGAAGGAGAAGAUUGGAGUGAGUGAAAUUAACCUGUGUAAAGCCUUGAGUGGCCCCAUGUAGCGAUGAUAAACUAUUGUCCUCUCACUCCACACAGAGGGUAGAGGAGCUGGUGCAGUAGCUACAUAGCUGGGGGUGUUGAACAGUGGAAUGGCAGGAGAGAUAACCAGUAUGGUCUAGAAAAAUGGUAGGCUACUUUAUUAAUCCAUACGAGUCGCCCUGUUUUUCCUUGCUCCAUACUCAGUGUACUGAAGCUGGUACAAUACCUGGGCCUGCUGUAUGAUAAAGUAGCAGGACAAAUGCUGCAGAUAUUAUGAUUAGAAUAUAGUUUUAGGUCUGUUUUUCUCUUUUCUGCACUCAUCAAGCUAUGGGCCAGUUUCUCUGGAACAUUGAGUACAGAGAGCGCUGCGACUAUUUCCCCUGCUCUCUGCUUUGUGGAGGCAUUGUAAUAAUCCACUCCAGAUGCAUCUGAGCACAGACACACAGACACACACACACAUAAAGAUUCCUGUUGCGGACCUGCUGCUUGAGUGCAUGGAGAGGAAUGGAGUGGAAUUUACUAAUGCUCGUUGUAAUGAGAUUAUUCUGAAAUAACAAGUGCUUUUGACUUAUCAUAAUAACCCUAGCCUUGCCUGGUGUCCCAGACACAUUUUGUCUGAUCAUAUAAAUAGAUGUCCUGGAAAUAUGGGUGGCAGUGAACAGGAUAUAUUUUUUUAAUUAUAUGAAAAUUAUUGAGAAUAUUUAUCUUACUUUGUUCUGGAAAUGUGGAUGGCUCUUCUAAGAUACUUUAGAAGGAAUGGAGGUUCUAACUAACUGAACAGCUCUUCUCAUGCAACUACACCACAAUCCCAUUAAUCUCUGUUAAUCUGACACAGCCAAUCAGAUCAUCAGGAUGCUCAUCCUCAGCCAAUCAUUCGCUGUGCUCUGACAGAACUUUGCCUUGGUCAACGUGUGUGUCCCUCUGUCGUGUGUGUUGCCCAAUUACAAAUGGACCCCUAGCCCCUACACCCUAGGCACUUCGCUUGAUCUGAGAAGAUUGCAGAGAUGUAAGCAAUAUGCUGAAAACGUACACUUACCUACACCUCUCCAAUCCUCCUAGAUCAUACGUCUUGGAGGUAUGGGCUAUGGUUCGAUUUGGGAUUAGGAAUGUAUGUGUCUGGGCGUCUUCGGGAUCGACUAUAUCGCAGUCGGUGACCGCAGACUGACUGUUCUACAAUGAGUGGUCAGUCGAAGAGUCAGUAGUCGGUCAGUAGUCGACUGCAAUACAGUCGAUCUCAAACACACACUUGUGUGUGUGUUCUACUUUAUGUUAUAUAUAUAUAUAUAUCCCAUUCUUAUUUCACCAGUGGAGGGUGUUGAGCUGACAGACCCUGCAGACAUGCUGGACAGGCACAGAUGCCUGGUGGCCCUGGCGGCUCUGCGACAUGCCAAAUGGUUCCAGGUUGGCUCUCAGUUCUACUUAACCUCUCCAUUGUUAUUGUAGCCUUAUGAUCACUUGAAAAUUAAUGAAUGAAUGAAUCAAAUAAAUUAAUCAAAAUACAUAAUUUAUUUGAAAUGGCAGCUAUCUGCAAACUAUAAUAAAAAAUAAAUAAAAUAUCUCAUACAAAAAUGACUCAUUCAUUGAAUCGCUCAAUCAUGCUCUGUGUAGUAUAAUAGCCUACAUGCAGAGAGAUAUGAGGCUACAAAAGCAAUUGUUACACUUUUGUUUCUUUUGGCUUUUUCGAAACCUGCCUGACUGUCAUAUGCUUCCUUCAACCUUUUUUCUCCUCUCUCAACCAAACCUUUAUUUGCAGACUAGAACUAAUAUUCCUCAAGUUUAUAAUUCAACCACUUCUCUAGUGACAGUCUGUACAGCAUUAUUCUAAGCCAAAUCAAAUCUUGCGCUAGCUAAAUAUGAAUGUGGGUCUAUUGCACUCCUCUGGUAGUGUGUGUAAGCAUCAGUGUUACCUUCCCUCUCUUCUCCGACUCCAGGCCAGAGUAAACGGGUUGAAGUCGUGUGUCAUCAUCCUCAGGAUCCUGAGAGACAUGUGCAAUAGAUUACCAGCCUGGGAGCCGCUGAAAGGAUGGGUAAGUCUGUCUGUCUCUGUCUGUCUGUCUGUACUGUAGUUCGCUCACUUAGCUUAUUUCCAGUCGCCCCGUGAAAAGGCAUUGUAUUAGAAAAAUAAGAAACUCCAGCAUACUAGUAUUGUUGAAUACUCCACAAACAAUGUAAUGUGUAUCUCAGACUAAACAUAUACUGGUAUCUCAGACCAAACAUAUACUGGUGUCUCAGACCAAACAUAUACUGGUGUCUCAGACCAAACAUAUACUGGUGUCUCAGACCAAACAUAUACUGGUGUCUCAGACCAAACAUACACUACCAGUCAAAUGUUUGGACACACCUACUCAUUCAAGGGUUUUUCUUUAUUUUUUACAUUGUAGAAUAAUAGGGAAGACAUAAAAACUAUGAAAUAACACAUAUGGAAUCAUGUAGUAACCAAAAAAGUGUUAAACAAAUCAAAAUAUAUUUUAUAUUUGAAAUUCUUCAAAUAGCCACCCUUUGCCUUGAUGACAGCUUUGCACACUCUUGGCAUUAUCUCAACCAGCUUCAUGAGGUAGUCACCUGGAAUGCAUUUCAAUUAACAGGUGUGCCUUCUUAAAAGUUAAUUUGUGGAAUUUAUUUUCUUCUUAAUGCGUUUGAGCCAAUCAGUUGUGUUGUGACAAGGUAGGGGUGGUAUACAGAAGAUAGCCCUAUUUGGUAAAAGACCAAGUCCAUAUUAUGGCAAGAACAGCUCAAAUAAGCAAAGAGAAACGACAGUCCAUCAUUACUUUAAGACAUCAGUCAAAGACGGUCAGUCAAUACGGAACAUUUCAAGAAGUUUCUUCAAGUGCAGUCGCAAAAACCAUCAAGCGGUAUGAUGAAACUGGCUCUCAUGAGAACCACCACAGGAAUGGAAGACCCAUAUUUACCUCUGCUGCAGAGGAUAAGCUCAAUAGAGUUACCAGCCUCAGAAAUUGCAGCCCAAAUAAAUGCUUCGCAGAGUUCAAGUAACAGACACAUCUCAACCUCAACUGUUCGGAGGGGACUGUGUGAAUCAGGCCUUCAUGGUCGAAUUGCUGCAAAGAAAUCACUGCUAAAGGACACCAAUAAUAAGAAGAGACCUGCUUGGGCCAAAAAACACGAGCAAUGGACAAUAGACCGGUGGAAAUGUGUCCUUUGUCCAAAUGUGAGAUUUUUGGGAGACGUGGUGUGUGUGAACGGAUAACUCUGCAUGUGUAUUUCCCACCGUAAAGCAUGGAGGAGGAGGUGUUAUGGUGUGGGGGUGCUUUGCUGGUGACACUGUCUGUGAUUUAUUUAGAAUUCAAGGCACACUUAACCAGCAUGGCUACCACAGCAUUCUGCAGCGAUACGCCAUCCUAUCUGGUUUGGACUAUCAUUUGUUUUUCAACAGGACAAUGACCCAACACACCUCCAGGCUGUGUAAGGGCUAUUUUACCAAGAAGGAGAGUGAUGGAGUGCUGCAUCAGAUGAUCUGGCCUCCACAAUCCCCCGACCUCAACCCAAUUGAGAUGGUUUGGGAUGAGUCGGAUGGCAUAGUGAAGGAAAAGCAGCCAACAAGUGAUCAGCAUAUGUGGGAACUCCUUCAAGACUGUUGGAAAAGCAUUCCAGGUUGAGAGAAUGAGCAAUGUGCAAAGCUGUCAUCAAGGCAAAGGGUGGCUAUUUGAAGAAUCUCAAAUAUAAAAUAUAUCUUGAUUUGUUUAACACUUUUUUGAUUACUACAUGACUCCAUAUGUGUUAUUUCAUAGUUUUGAUGUCUUCACUAUUAUUCUACAAUGUAGAAAAUAGUAAAAAAUAAAGAAAAACCCUUGCAUGAGUAGGUGAGUCCAAACUUUUGACUUGUAUUGUAUACUAGUGUCUCAGACCAAACAUAUACUGGUGUUUCAGACCAAACAUAUACUGGUUUGUGUGCCACUAACAGCUGAACUGAUCUCGCUGUCCUUGCUUUAUCUUGGUCUUGGUAUCUCCCCCAGCCCCUGGAGCUGAUCUGUGAGAAGGCCAUAGCCACGUGUAACCGGCCGCUGGGUGCAGGGGAGGCCCUCCGUAGGGUCAUGGAGUGUCUCGCCUCAGGAAUCCUCCUUCCAGGUACAGUACAUACCUGUCUCUCUUUGUCUCUGUCUCUCUCUCUUUCUGCCUUUCACUUUCCCUGUUACAAACUGACAUGGGAAAAAACAAACCUGUUAUUACUUUCAAAUAAUUUGAUGAAGUCAUAACUCAUUAGUAUUGAAUGAUGUAGGAAUCAGAGGCUCAUUUAGUUAACCUGGGGGAGCAGGUUGAAAAAAGGUUGAAUGAAAUUAAGAUUUCCUUGUCUACUUGCGAUCCCCAGGAGGACCAGGGUUACACGACCCAUGUGAGAAGGAGCUGACCAACACCCUAACGGCCAUGACAGACGAGGAGGCAGAGGCCAUCACCUACAGCGCACAGGUAAAACCUCACCUCAUACCUGUGGAACGGAAGUGGUUCGGUGAACCUUGCCUAAGCUCCCCAUGCUAAUGCCUAGGCUCUUUGGCUCAGAGGGGUAACCAUGUCUUGUGGCUUGCGUGGGACCCAGGUUUGAACCCAGACAGUUUUUGGUAUUUUCAGGUAGCAGUUCUGGGCAAUGUUCCCUCAAUUUUAUUCCCGGCACUGAGCAGAUUUCAGGUCUGCUGAGUGCAAACUUGAACAUUGUGAAAAUUCUGUGCAACAUCCAGCGCACGUUUACUGUGAACAUUGAGGCUGUACCCACUUUAAGUUACAGAGAAUCAGACAUAUUAUGCUACCCUCUGCCUAUUGGCUACUUAGCUUAUUCAAGACCGUCUCAAAAUACAACACUGCCCCUUUAAGACAAAAAAAAGCUCUUUAACCAACUCACAUUUCAAAGAUGUCUAGAAAUGUACAUGUUUUGUGCUCUUGUAGCAGUCACUCCCCCAUUGCUGACUACAAAUGAUCUAUAACUGGGAUAAUAACUCACUAACUAGCAAAGGAUAUUAUCAAAUGUGCACACUUGGCUUCAUGCAGCUCUUGCUUUGAUCUCAAAACAUCUACUUACAGUUGCUCAUACUGUAAACACAAUCAAGUUCAAAGUGAAUGGCACAUAUCCAUAUAUGUCAAUGGUCUAUUUGCAUAUAGGCCUACUGCAGCACUGAUUGGUUAUGCCGCACCAGUCUGCGUAGAGUACGGACUGAGUCUUACAUGUCAAUGCAAUAGAAUCCUACUCCAAUGUAUGGCUGGGCGGUAUAGCGUACUUUACGAUAUACCGGUAUUGAUGCACGACUGGUUUGGGUUUUUACUUUACCUUCUAUAAUGGUAUUUAAAUGUUUGGUUUGUUAAAUGUGAUACGCUGUGUGUAACGUCCAUUUUUAUAGUUUACUUAGCUACUUCAGUCAUCUCUCUCAGCUCUCUCUCCAUGCCGCUUUCCACACAGACCUAGCCCCGCCUCCUGUCACUCAAGGAGCACAUUUGUUGUUCCUCGACCCCUACACUUGCAUUCAGUCUGCAUGGUCAAUGCAGCGCAUGCAACAAUGUUGAUGACAACGAUACUGUUUUCACUUGACUUCUUAAUAUGAAUCCACUAGCGUUCUAUAAUUACACUAUUAGUUUGUGUUUCUUACAUCUGCAAACAGCUAGUUUUAUUUUCUUAGCAAGUUGGGCCUAAAUCUUGUUAGCCGCUAAUACUAAUUGCUAGCUAGCUAAUAAAUGUACUGAGUCAGUGCCAGACAGCCUGAUAUUACCAGUGAUGGUGUAGACCUAAAUCAGCAUGUUGUUUAUGCAACAGUAUCUUCUAAAUCAAAGAGGAAUACGCGAAGCAAGAAUAUGUUAGCUACGUGAAGUAGCUAAGAGAAAACAUUAAAUGUAGCCAAAGAUGAUAGGGUCCCCUAGGAAACACUUGUCAACAAUUUAGUUCCUAUCCUAUCACAAUAACUCCUCCCUGGCAUUUUCAUUCGUUGUCAUGUCAAACAACACUGUAUUCGAAGUGCCCACUAUUAUCUUCUAACUAUAGAAUUAGAAUAAUCGUUCUGUUUCCAUGAUUCCAACAGUUCAGCCAAGUGUUUUGCUCUAAAUCGCAAGUCAAAUCGCAAUUGCAACAUUUGGUUAUAAAAAUGGCCUAGAUUGUUAGCCUACAUCGUGCAGCCCUACGUGGCAGUGUGGAAAUUAUCUCAAAUGAGUGCAGGAAAUGCAGAAAUGGAUGAAAAUCCUGAAAAUUAAAAUAUUGGUUGAAGUUGAAUUGAACAGUAUAAAACAAUCAGAAUGGAGAAAUACCCAUUGAAAUCACUUAGAAUGUAUGUGUCGCCACCUUAGGGCCACGCACUACUCAUAAAGCAAAUUUAGAACUUUUAUUAUUCAAAAACAUAAAAUGGGAAAACUCUAGAAAGUUCAAUCUCGUGCUUCUCUGCGCAGGCUGAUAUUUCUUCAGCGUGGCAGCUUAGAGGGAACAUUAGUACUGGGUAGUCUCAGAGCAGAACUCGAUACUGUCCAUGGUGUGAGUGUUUAGUGUUGAGAUCAGCCGGGGGCUCCAGCCAGUCUUAUCUCAUCUGUAGCCUGGAGAUUACACUCCUGUCAGACAGGGGAAACCCUCUUUAAGAUGCUCUUCUCUGCACUUAUCUGGGCUCUGAGCUGUGUGGAGAGGGGGAUAGAACAUCACUGUUAUAUACCACACACACACACACACACACACACACACACACACACACACACACACCUCAUCAAUCCAACACCUCGGCCCCCCACCCAGGAGCUUUACCUUGAUGAUAAGCGUGGGAAACCACUGCCAUGGCAACCCAUGAAUCCUGCCUCUGUACACCUCUGUAAAAACGAAUUCUGAUUGGCUGCGCCCCUUCCCAGUCAUGUGAAAUCCAUAGAUUAGGGCCUCAUUUAUUUAUUUAAAUUGACUGCUUUCCUUAGAUGAACUGUAAUCAUUGAAAUAUUUGCAUGUUGCGUUUAUAUUUUUGUUCAGCAGACAAGACACUCUUAUUUACCGAGCCCUUAUCACUGUCAAGACACCUAUUUAAUAGUUUUAAAAAAGCAUAUCGUAAUAUAACAGAAUAAAAUAGAACUGAAUAUUUUUCCAAAUGAAAAAAGUUGCCAGUGCAAAGUGAUGCACAUCUCAAGUCUGGAACAGUUAUUCUCAAAGAGUGAUCAUUUCAAACGGGGCUCAAUUUGGCAAGUUGAAAGAAGAAAAAAAAUCUGCGUUACAAACCAAAAUCUGUUUUCUUUUCGAUAUACAGACGUUUGAUUUAGUUUAUUCUACCGUUUUUUAACAUUUUUCUAAAUGUAUUAACAAUUCCAAAUUGAACACUGCAUGGUGAUGAAUUACGGCCAUACCAUCUGUUUGGUGAGUAAGCCUAUGCUUAAUGAUUCUGAUGAAAAUAUGCAUUUUCUCUUUAUCAAACUAAUGUUUUUGUGUAUUUUCAGUUUGGGGGGUUAUAGUCUAGGCUAACCAAUUCUAAAUGGCACUAGCAGUUUGCAAAUUAGCCUAAGCGGAAAAUAGACUAAACGCAAUUAUUCAGAAAUUGCAGCUCGUUGUUGGAACCCCUUGACUUAUUCCACAUUUUGUUGUGUUACAGCCUGAAUUCAAAAUGGAUUAAAUUGAUGUUUUUCUCUCACCCAUCUACACACAAUACCCCAUAAUGACAAAGUGAAAACAUGUUUUUAGAAAAUGAUAUACAGAAAUAUCUAAUUUAUAUAAGUAUUCACACCCCUGAGUCAAUACUUUGUAGAAGCACCUUUGGCAGCGAUUACAGCUGUGAGUCUUGCAACUCGAGGAUGCAAUGGCGUGCGUGCUUCUUAUCGAAUUCCAAUUUGCACAUGUACUUUUCCUCAGCCAACAAGACGAGCAACGAACAGCAAAAUCACUAGCCUAUGUCAAUCUACUAUAAUAGAAAAGUUUAGGCUACCUAUUAUAUUGGUCAGCUUAUCGAUAAAGAAAUAGCCUAUUCUAAACAGACUCUGGGACAGUUGUGGGACGAUAGAUCCCAAAUUCAUACAACCAGUAGGCCUAGGCUACAUCAAAUAACUUUAAAAAGCAAUGAGUCUGAUGCAACAGAUCAGAACGUUUAGCUUAAAAUGUUGAUCAACUAUUAUUUCUUCACAUUAUAAGCGCAGCAAUAGGCUACCAGUUGAGAAAUAAAAAUAGUAGCUAUUUUUAAUCGUGGCCAUUAAAACAGUUUUUAACACACGAUUGCAUUUAGAAUUGUUGCGCAGCAGCAACAAACAUUUUGUUUGAGGAGCUGUAGCACAGCUCUCACGCUGUCUGACAGAUUUUCUGCUGAAACUAGUAUCUGUAUGCCGUGCACAUGUGAUAAAUAAGAUACAUAACAACUAACAACUAACGAAAAUACACGCGCCAAUUCAAUUCCACUACAUUAGGCCUAUGCAAAGCAUCCUAUAGACCGAUAAAUAUGACGGGUCAAAUGUAUUUACAUGUACUGGUUUUUCAAUCAAUUAAUAGGCAAAAAGCCAGCUAUUACCGGCUAACAGAAACCCUGGCGUGUGUGUGUGUGCUCCACUAAGCCGGGUUAGGAAUAGAGAGGGAGUGAGCUGCAUGUCUGAGUGGAUCUUCCUGCCCUCUCCUUUGUAGGAAGGUGAAACGGCAAUGGAAUGUCAAUGUGGCUAAUUGUAUUGUAGUAGAUACAUGGUUAGAUAGGAGAGAGAUAGGAUAGAGAGCGGCUCUGGGAAUGAGGUAAAGCAACGCUGCAUAUGAAUAUCUGAGUGUUUCCUUAGCGCCUCUGAUAUAUUUGCAUUAGGAAAUUGACUCUGGAGCUCAAGUUUCAAGUGUUAUUGUCAGAUGCACAAGUACAGUGAAAUACCUUUCUUGCAAGCUCCUUCCCAACAAUACAGUAAUCAAUAUCAGUAGUACUAAAUAUACAAAUAAAAAGUAGAACAAAAACACACAAGCAAUAGAAAUAAGAAGAACACAAGAAAGUAAGUGAGCUAUAUACAGGGUCAGUGCCAGGGUCAGUGCCAAUACAAUAUUUAUAGCCCACAGGGGUGCGUGCUUAGUCCCCUCCUGUACUCCCUGUUCACCCACGACUGCGUGGCCAAGCACGACUCCAAAACCAUCAUUACGUUUUCUGAUGACACAACGGUGGUAGGCCUGAUCCCCGACAACGAUGAGACAGCCUAUAGGGUGGAGGUCAGAGACCUGGCAGUGUGGUGAACAGGGCUGUAGUGCAGCGGUCGAGAGUUUCAAGUUCCUUGGUGUCCACAUCACCAACAAACUAUCAUGGUCCAAACACACCAAGACAGUUGUGAGGAGGGCACAACAAUGCCUUUUCCCCCUCAGGAGACUGAAAAGAUUUGGCAUGGGUCCCCAAAGUUCUACAGCUGCACCAUUGAGAGCAUCCUGACCGGUUGCAUCACCGCCUGGUAUGGCAACUGCUCGGCAUUCGACCGUAAGGUGCUCAAGAGGGUAGUGCGUACAGCCCAGUACCUCACUGGGGCCAAGCUUCCUGCCGUCCAGGACCUAUAUACUAGGCGGUGUCAGAGGAAGGCCCAAAAAAUUGUCAAAGACUCCAGUCAACCAAGUCAUAGACUGUUCUCUCUGCUACCUCAUGGCAAGCGGUACCGGAGAGGUCCAAAAGGCUCCUUAACAGCUUCUACCCCCAAGCCAUAAGACUGCUGAACAAUUAAUCAAAUGGCCACCCGGACUAUUUGCAUUUCCUAUUUUGUUGCCUUACAUCCUGGAAUUAAAAUUGAUUUUUGGGGGGUUUGUAUCAUUUGAUUUACACAACAUGCCUACCACUUUGAAGAUGCAAAAUAUAUUUUAUUGUGAAACAAACAAGAAAUAAGACAAAAAAACACAACUUGAGCGUGCACAACUAUUCACCCCCCCCCCCCCCCCCCCCCCCCCCCCAAAGUCAAUACUUUGUAGAGCCACCUUUUGCAGCAAUUACAGUUGCAAGUCUCUUGGGGUAUAUCUGUAUAAGCUUGGCACAUCUAGCCUCUGGGAUUUUUGCCCAUUCUUCAAGGCAAAACUGCUCCAGCUCCUUCAAGUUGGAUGGGUUCCGCUGGUGUACAGCAAUCUUUAAGUCAUACAGGCCAUUCCAAGACGUUUAAAUGUUUCCCCUUAAACCACUCAAGUGUUGCUUUAGCAGUAUGCUUAGGGUCAUUGUCCUGCUGGAAGGUGAACCUCCGUCCCAGUCUCAAAUCUCUGGAAGACUGAAACAGGUUUCCCUCAAGAAUUUCCCUGUAUUUAGCGCCAUCCAUCAUUCCUUCAAUUCUGACCAGUUUCCCAGUCCCUGCCGAUGAAAAACAUCCCCACAGCAUGAUGCUGCCACCACCAUGCUUCACUGUGGGGAUGGUGUUCUCGGGGUGAUGAGAGGUGUUGGGUUUGCGCCAGACAAAGCGUUUUCCUUGAUGGCCAAAAAGCUCAAUUUUAGUCUCAUCUGACCAGAGUACCUUCUUCCAUAUGUUUGGGGAGUCUCCCACAUGCCUUUUGGCGAACACCAAAUGUGUUUGCUUAUUUUUUUCUUUAAGCAAUGGCUUGUUUCUGGCCACUCUUCCGUAAAGCCCAGCUCUGUGGAGUGUACGGCUUAAAGUGGUUCUAUGGACAGAUACUCCAAUCUCCGCUGUGGAGGUUUGCAGCUCCAUCAGGGUUAUCUUUGGUCUCUUUGUUGCCUCUCUGAUUAAUGCCCUCCUUGCCUGGUCCAUGAGUUUUGGUGGGCGGCCUUCUCUUGGCAGGUUUGUUGUGGUGCCACAUUCUUUCAAUUUUUUUAUAAUGGAUUUAAUGGUGCUCCGUGGGAUGUUCAAAGUUUCAGAUAUUUUUUUAUAACCCAACCCUGAUCUGUACUUCUCCACAACUUUGUCCCUGACCUGUUUGGAGAGCUCCUUGGUCUUCAUGGUGCCGCUUGCUUGGUGGUGCCCCUUGCUUAGUGGUGUUGCAGACUCUGGGGCCUUUCAGAACAGGUGUAUAUAUACUGAGAUCAUGUGACACUUAGAUUGCACACAGGUGGACUUUAUUUAACUAAUUAUGUGACUUCUGAAGGUAAUUGGUUGCACCAGAUCUUAUUUAGGGGCUUCAUAGCAAAGGGGGUGAAUACAUAUGCACGCACCUCUUUUCCGUUAUUUAUUUUUUUGCAUUUUUUGAAACAUGUUAUUUUUAAAAUUUCACUUCACCAAUUUGGACUAUUUUAUGUAUGUCCAUUACAUGAAAUCCAAAUAAAAAUCAAUUUAAAUUACAGGUUGUAAUGCAACAAAAUAGGAAAAACGCCAAGGGGGAUGAAUACUUUUGCAAAGCACUGUAUAUAGCCUUGUUAUUGUUAUUUUAUUCUGUAACUUAUUAUUAUUAAUUUAGUAUAUAUUUUCUUAACUCUAUUUCCUUAAAACUGCAUUGUUAGUUAAGUGCUUGUAAAUAAGCAUUCCACGGUAAGGUCUACACCUGUUGUAUUCGGCGCUUGUGACAAAUACAAUUUGAUUUGAUUUGAUUUUUGAUUUCAGUGUGCAGGGAUACUGGAGUGAGAUGGCUCAUACUGUUUUUGUGUGUGCGUGUGUGCGUUUUAACGUAGGAAAUAUUUUAAUGUAGGAAAGCUAGUGCUGCUUCUCAUUUAAUUUCUCUCAGUGAGGGACAGUUGGUGCCAAACUGCCAAUCACAAUAUAGGCCUGUCUCCCUCCAUACAUAGUCAUACUGUACAUAGUGAUCCAUGGCCCAGUGCCUUCUCUAUACCACUCAACUCAGCCAAAGAGAAGUGCAGCUCAAAUCAUCUGCUUGUAUUGUUUACCUGGGGUUAGUACUGGAGCCACUGUUGCUAAGUAACGGCAGUGACUAUUGGGUGAGUGCGAUGGAAGUUGUUGCUGAAUAGGCUAUUGUACAUAAAAACAAACAAAAGUAAAAUCAUUUGAUUUCUGUAAAUGGUAUCAAUGAACCACAGAGAUUAGAUCUGUUUGUUUUGUUAGUUGUUUCUCUCACUGUUUCUGUCUGUCUGUGUAUGUAUGUUUCUCUCCUCUCUUUGUUAAUCAUGAGGCUGUAGAGGGGCUUAGACAGAUUAGCAGAGACAAGGCUCAAACCCCCAUCACCAGGGGGGAAUGUGUGAUCCGGAGUCGGCAGCUCUACCACUAGACCAGACUCCAUGCCUGUCUGUGUAUCUGUCACUUUCAUUCCUCACCUGUCUGUGUGCUUUGUUAGUUGUCUCUUUCUGUUUGCAUCUGUCCUGUCUGUCUCUUUCCAUCCACACCUGUCUGUCAGUCCUUCUGUCUCUUCCACUCCUCUUUUCCUCCGCUGUCUGUUGUGUCUUGGUUUCUUUCUCUCCUCACCGAUCUGCUGUGUCUCUCUGUUCCAGCAUGCUCUGAGACUGAUGGCGUUCAGUCACAUCUACAAGGUGCUGGAGAUGGACCCUCUCCCCUCUAGUAAACCCUCCCAGAAGUACCCCUGGUCAGACAAGGAGGGCUCAGGGCUGAAGAGGCCGUACGAGGACGGGUCCACGGAUGACAAAGACCUCAUCAAGAAGAUGAAGAGGAACCUGAGGAAAGGUCAGCCCUGCCUCCCUGACACCUGACCGCUGACCCUGCUCUGUUAUGUGACCUGGGAGAAGUUCCCUCCCUGGGUCAUGUGAUAAUAUGUGAUAAGAUAAAGAUAAAAAGUAGUAAGUAAUAAACUUAAUUGUCCACGGAAAUGUGUCUCGGACAAUUAGGGCCAGUAGUUUCUCUAGUUUGUUACUUGUAACAUAGCUAUGGUUUUUAGUUUUUACUGGUCAGCAGAAACCUCUGGCCCUUUAUAAGUCAAGACUCCAAAGGCUUCAUGGUCCUGAUGAUAGCAGUUGUCUAAACUUUCUAGAAGUCCAGUCACAUUCUCCUAUAGAUUGAGGAAAUGUUUGAGUCCUGGAGAGAAAGAGGAACUCAUUUCCUUCUGUUCUAAACCAACACCAUAUGACUGGACUGGAGGUGUUUUCUCUCUCUCUAUAAAAUACAUGAAACCUACAUCUAACCCUCCUUUCUUAGCCUGGUCCAGGAUAUGUUUGUCCUGUAAAGCCAACUCCCAUGGUCAUUGUCAUUACCAAACCUUUCCAUAGGAGUUGGCUAUAGAGCACGAACAGGUCUGGGAUUGACAUGCUAUCGUUUCCCCAUCUCUAUCUCUAGUUCUCUCCUCCUUCCUCUCUCAAGGCAGAUACAGUGGGGAAAACAAGUAUUUGAUACACUGCCAAUUUUGCAGGUUUUCCUACUUACAAAGCAUGUAGAGGUCUGUCAUUUUUAUCAUAGGUACACUUCAACUGUGAGAGACGGAAUCUAAAACAAAAAUCCAGAAAAUCACAUUGUAUGAUUUUUAAGUAAUGAAUUUGCAUUUUAUUGCAUGACAUAAGUAUUUGAUCACCUACCAACCAGUAAGAAUUCCGGCUCUCACAGACCUGUUAGUUUUUCUUUAAGAAGCCCUCCUGUUCUCCACUCAUUACCUGUAUUAACUGCACCUGUUUGAACUUGUUGCCUGUAUAAAAGACACCUGUCCACACACUCAAUCAAACAGACUCCAACCUCUCCACAAUGGCCAAGACCAGAGAGCUGUGUAAGGACAUCAGGGAUAAAAUUGUAGACCUGCACAAGGCUGGGAUGGGCUACAAGACAAUAGGCAAGCAGCUUGGUGAGAAGGCAACAACUGUUGGCGCAAUUAUUAGAAAAUGGAAGAAGUUCAAGAUGACGGUCAAUCACCCUCGGUCUGGGGCUCCAUGCAAGAUCUCACCUCGUGGGGCAUCAAUGAUCAUGAGGAAGGUGAGGGAUCAGCCCAGAACUACACGGCAGGACCUGGUCAAUGACCUGAAGAGAGCUGGGACCACAGUCUCAAAGAAAACCAUUAGUAACACACUACGCCGUCAUGGAUUAAAAUCCAGCAGCGCACGCAAGGUCCCACUGCUCAAGCCAGUGCAUGUCCAGGCCCGUCUGAAGUUUGCCAAUGACCAUUUGGAUGAUCCAGAGGAGGAAUGGGAGAAGGUCAUGUGGUCUGAUGAGACAAAAAUAUAGCUUUUUGGUCUAAACUCCACUCGCCGUGUUUGGAGGAAGAAGAAAGAUGAGUACAACCCCAAGAACCACCAUCCCAACCGUGAAGCAUGGAGGUGGAAACAUCAUUCUUUGGAGAUGCUUUUCUGUAAAGGGGACAGGACGACUGCACCGUAUUGAGGGGAGGAUGGAUGGGGCCAUGUAUCGCGAGAUCAACGCCAACAACCUCCUUCCCUCAGUAAGAGCAUUGAAGAUGGGUCGUGGCUGGGUCUUCCAGCAUGACAACGACCCGAAACACACAGCCAGGGCAACUAAGGAGUGGCUCCGUAAGAAGCAUAUCAAGGUCCUGGAGUGGCCUAGCCAGUCACCAGACCUGAACCCAAUAGAAAAUCUUUGGAGGGAGCUGAAAGUCUGUAUUGCCCAGCGACAGCCCCGAAACCUGAAGGAUCUGGAGAAGGUCUGUAUGGAGGAGUGGGCCAAAAUCCCUGCUGCAGUGUGUGCAAACCUGGUCAAGACCUACAGGAAACGUAUGAUCUCUGUAAUUGCAAACAAAGGUUUCUGUACCAAAUAUUAAGUUCUGCUUUUCUGAUGUAUCAAAUACUUAUGUCAUGCAAUAAAAUACAAAUUAAUUACUUAAAAAUCAUACAAUGUGAUUUUCUGGAUUUUUGUUUUAGAUUCCGUCUCUCACAGUUGAAGUGUACCUAUGAUAACAAUUACAGACCUCUACAUGCUUUGUAAGUAGGAAAACCUGCAAAAUCGGCAGUGUAUCAAAUACUUAUUCUCCCCACUGUACACACAACACAACCCACUGGGAAAUCAAUGUUAUUGAUUUCUAAUGUUUCUCAAAGACAUCCAGCUGUCCCCUUUCCUGUCCUCCCCGUUAGAGGAAAAGUAAUUGGUUAGAAAGAAGCAGAUUUAGCAAUGAGGUUUUUUAAGGAUGAAUCCGGGAAUAGAAUAUUGCACACAGUCUGAACGUGAAGCUGUUGCCUGAGGAUACUACAGCCAGCUAGCGUAACUCCUCAGAACACUUUUUGUUAUUUUGAGGAAAUAGUCGGAGUGCUACUUAGCCUCCGGUGUUAGAAUCAGUUAGAAAGGAUGUCCUUUUUGAAGCAAGGGUCCCCUUUGUAGUACUUAAACACACAAUCAAACGCAACUCCUCAGAUAUUUUGUCAAAAAGUAUUUCCUAUAACACCAUGCAUGUAUUUAUCAAUACAUUUGAUUGACUGAACAACAACCACUGUUAUUUUGUUAACCCUCUCUCUGGUAUCUCUCUCUUUCCUCCCUAGUCCUCGACAGCAAAGCAAUAGACAGCAACCAACCAAUGAAUGCUCUAAUGCGUCUGAAUCAGAUACGUCCAGGUCUGCAGUACAAGCUGCUGUCCCAGUCUGGCCCAGUUCACGCUCCGGUCUUCACCAUGUCUGUAGACCUAGACAGCACUGUCUACGAAGCCUCAGGCUCCUCCAAGAAGACCGCCAAGCUGCAUGUUGCUGUCAAGGUAACAGAGUUUGAACCCUAUUGUCCUGGUCAAUGAGAGAAGGGGUGGAUAAAUGUUGGGAAGAGGUGAAAAUAGUAGUUUGGUGUUAGUAAAGGGCAAGUACCCCUGGGGAGAGUUCUACAACGUACUGUAAAGGGUGUGAGAGUGUUGCAGGCUACUCUGUAAAAUGUGGAAAUGGUGCUAGUAGUGUUACAGUAACAACAGCACGGGGGUGUUUGUUAACAGGGUCAACGUCUAGACAGAGAGAUAAUAUUAUUGUCUAAGAUAAUAUAUUAGUCAGUUAGAAUAGUCCAGACAGGGAGCUGUUAUGUUGUGUGAGAGGAGUGAGUGAUUCAGACACAGCUGUUGUGUUGUGUGAUGAGUAGAGUAGUGAAGAGAGGAGAGAGUGCUUGUGAGUGAGACGAGUGAGGGCUCAAGCUGCGGUCAGACAGGGAUGCCCCCCCCCCCUUCUCGCCCCCUCUCCUGGCUGCUGUGGAGCGGCCAAAUCUGGGUAAUCCCAAAGUCGUUGUGAACAAAGAGGCUUUCCCAAGCAUAGAGAUAGAUAAUCCUCUAUCCUCCUCAGAUUGCCAUAAAAGGCCCCGAUGCUACUCUGCUGCUCUGCUCUGCUUUGGUGCCCUGGCGAUGCGCGUGCAUGUGUGUGUACUUGCGUGUGCGUCUGUGUGCGUUUGUGUGUGUGUGUGCAAGCACUAGCACCAAUUUGGGUCAGACACAAAGAGAGCUCCUGUUCUGUCCACACAGAGAAAGGUACCGGUCCACUGACUACAGAGCCCCAAAGGUGCUGUGUGCUGCCGGUGAAUUAGCCUUGAGGGAACCAGGUUCAUUAUAAUACAGGAAACAGGAGGAGUGUGUUGGAGUUCAAACUCAGUCACUCAGAACCGGUCCAGAACCCACAGUAGUGCUGUUAGGAAGUGUUGCUGACAGACACUACUUGUGAACAUGCAUUGGGAUGGAGGAAGAAAUCAGAAAUUGUUUGAUGUUGGAUUUGUGCCUCUCUCCUCCCCUCCCUCUAGGUUCUGCAGGCGAUGGGUUACCCCACAGGGUUUGAUGUGGACCUGGACUGCAGUGCAGAUGAGAAGUCUGACGGAGAGGGGAAGAGCGAAUCAUCUACACACUCAAGCAAUAACACAGCACACUCAGACAGCUCAAAUACACUGGAGGUACAGUACACACACACACACACGCAUGAACACACAAACAAACCAGGGAUGGUUGGGGUCAAUUCUGAAUUGAGUUGCGAAUUAGUAUUUUAUUCCAAUUCAAUUCUUGAAUUGACAUUUAAUUUGAAUUGUCCACACCCCACAGGAAGCAGAAUUUGAACUGAAUUUAAAUUAAAGGAAGUAGAAUUUAAUUAGUGAUCUAUCUGUAAUCUGAUUUCUGUUCUGCUCCUGUUUUUUCAGGUCCGAACUCAGGGUCCUAUUCUGACGGCCAGUGGUAAGAACCCCGUCAUGGAGCUGAAUGAGAAGCGCAGGGGUCUGAAGUAUGAGCUGAUAUCAGAGAGCGGGGGCAGCCACGACAAACGCUUCGUCAUGGAGGUGAGGCCUACACCAUGCAUAUCUCCAUUGGAACAGUAGAUUAGACACACACACACACACACACACACAGACUGACUCUCAAUGGACUUCGAUGCAACUCAAUGGACCAAGGUUGGUGCACUCUGACUGGCAAGCUCAUCAGACACACUACAUCACUCCAUCAGUGUGUGUGUCUGUGUGUGUCUCUCCCUCUCUCUCUCCAGGUGGAGGUGGAUGGUCAGAAGUUCCGUGGGGCGGGGCCUAAUAAGAAGGUAGCGAAAGCUUCGGCUGCGUUGGCUGCUCUAGAGAAACUCUUCUCUGGUCCCAACGCUGCUGCCAACAUCAAGAAGAAGAAGAUCAUCCCACAACAUGCCGUAUGUUACCAAUACUGUCUCUCUGAUCUGCUAUCAAUACUUUCUGUUUAGAAGAGUCUGAGUGGUCAGUUAGCAAUAUCAAUCCUCUAGAGGAACAAGACUGAUCAGUUAUCAAUACUGGCUGUUAUCAAUACUGCUUGUUUAUCGGAGAAGCUGAUCAAUCAUUUCUCUUUAGAAGAAAGUCUGAUCAGUUAUCAAAGACUUCCUCUCUUACCUUCACAACCUGAUACAGAGUCUCAUCAACUAUCAGUACCGCCUGUUUACAGGAUAGUCUGAUCAGUCAUCAGUACUGUACUGCCUCUGUGUCUAUGUAGACGAAAGGAGCCCUAGCAGCAGCAGCGGCAGCCUCAGCAGUAGCAGCCCAGGUUGCCAGAGGGAGAGGUAGAGCUGCAGCCCUAACCAGAGGAGCCUUCGUCAGCGCUGCCGCACAAGGAUACACACAGAUACCAGGUACAUGUAAGUAUGUAAAAGUGUGGGUGUGUUAUGUGUGCCUGUCCUGUCCGUUUCCCUGCCAAAACUCGAGUUGUUUAUAUGUUGAGUGGAUGCAUGCGUUUAUAUUACCAGUUACCCAACGAUCCUAACAGCCCACAUGGCUUUAACAUGUCUGACAGGCUUCGGGACUCCAUAUGGAUACAGUGCUGCAGCCGCCCCAGCCUACGGUAAGUCAUCCCUCUCUCUCGCAGAGGUUAAAGAGUUAACACCUGCCCUACCUCACUAUUCCUCCCUACUGUUGGAGAGGCCCUACUGGAAAACGAUACAGUGCCAUUGAAUCUGAGUUACACGUAGAGGUCGAAAUUGAAAUGUAGGAAAUUGGGUCAAUCUAAAUCUAAAAGCUAAAGAAAGUAAAAGUGGAACUGAUCAUAACCUUUUGGUUCUUACUGUGGUUGGAGCAAGCCUUGCUGCACUUCUUAACCCGCCUGAGUGUCCAGACUGCUGCUUGUUCUGCCUGCCCCUCCGUCAGUCUGCCUGCUCCCUCAUCCUGACUCUCUGGACAUCUCUCUCCUCUCCUUAGUGUAGCCAUGCUAUAUCUCUGUCCACAGCUAAGCUAACAGAUACCCCAUUCAAAGCAGGCCAGGCAGGCAGGGACCAAUGCCACCAACACACACACAGGGACAGGCUAUAUGGGUUAUACACACUUCUUCUAUAGACUAACUUCUUCCAAAAAAAACUAGGAAACACACACAUUUGCGCCCACGCACGCACACACACACACACACACACACACACACACACACACACACACACACACACACACACACACACACACACACCACCAUCCAGCCCAAACUAUUUCAGACCCCUACUAUAUCUUUAUAAACAUGUAGCUAUACAUUCACAGUGUGACUGUUUCAUUCACUGAACACAUAGUGUAGCUUCCCCACUGUGCCUCUGGCUAGACUGGCUGGUCGGUCAUCUGUGGCCUUCUCAGUCUCUGCCAGACAGCCAGUAGCAUGUCUAAGAGCUCUGGAAGGUUUGAAUGUCUACCAUAGUCUACAGAACUAGAUCAGAUUCAGGCUGCUCUGCUCUCGCACAAUCAGCAUAACUCAAUACAGCACUGAGCGGUUUGAGGUCAGCAACACUCACGAUGCUCAAUCACUCACACCCACUUUGUCUUACAGAUUUAUACACUCACAAAUUCAAGCAUGCAUACACACUCAAAGAACGUAUGAUCUUGUUUGCAAAUACAGUGGGGGAAAAAAGUAUUUAGUCAGCCACCAAUUGUGCAAGUUCUCCCACUUAAAAAGAUGAGAGAGGCCUGUAAUUUUCAUCAUAGGUACACGUCAACUAUGACAGACAAAUUGAGUGAAAAAAAUCCAGAAAAUCACAUUGUAGGAUUUUUAAUGAAUUUAUUUGCAAAUUAAGUAUUUGGUCACCUACAAACAAGCAAGAUUUCUGGCUCUCACAGACCUGUAACUUCUUCUUUAAGAGGCUCAUCUGUCCUCUACUCGUUACCUGUAUUAAUGGCACCUGUUUGAACUUGUUAUCAGUAUAAAAGACACCUGUCCACAACCUCAAACAGUCACACUCCAAACUCCACUAUGGCCAAGACCAAAGAGCUGUCAAAGGACACCAGAAACAAAAUUGUAGACCUGCACCAGGCUGGGAAGACUGAAUCUGCAAUAGGUAAGCAGCUUGGUUUGAAGAAAUCAACUGUGGGAGCAAUUAUUAGGAAAUGGAAGACAUACAAGACCACUGAUAAUCUCCCUCGAUCUGGGGCUCCACGCAAGAUCUCACCCCGUGGGGUCAAAAUGAUCACAAGAACGGUGAGCAAAAAUCCCAGAACCACACGGGGGGACCUAGUGAAUGACCUGCAGAGAGCUGGGACCAAAGUAUCAAAGCCUACCAUCAGUAACACACUACGCCGCCAGGGACUCAAAUCCUGCAGUGCCAGACGUGUCCCCCUGCUUAAGCCAGUACAUGUCCAGGCCCGUCUGAAGUUUGCUAGAGUGCAUUUGGAUGAUCCAGAAGAGGAUUGGGAGAAUGUCAUAUGGUCAGAUGAAACCAAAAUAUAACUUUUUGGUAAAAACUCAACUCGUCGUGUUUGGAGGACAAAGAAUGCUGAGUUGCAUCCAAAGAACAUCAUACCUACUGUGAAGCAUGGGGGUGGAAACAUCAUGCUUUGGGGCUGUUUUUCUGCAAAGGGACCAGGAUGACUGAUCCGUGUAAAGGAAAGAAUGAAUGGGGCCAUGUAUCGUGAGAUUUCGAGUGAAAACCUCCUUCCAUCAGCAAGGGCAUUGAAGAUGAAACGUGGCUGGGUCUUUCAGCAUGACAAUGAUCCCAAACACACCGCCCGGGCAACGAAGGAGUGGCUUCGUAAGAAGCAUUUCAAGGUCCUGGAGUGGCCUAGCCAGUCUCCAGAUCUCAACCCCAUAGAAAAUAUUUGGAGGGAGUUGAAAGUCUGUGUUGCCCAGCGACAGCCCCAAAACAUCACUGCUCUAGAGGAGAUCUGCAUGGAGGAAUGGGCCAAAAUACCAGCAACAGUGUGUGAAAACCUUGUGAAGACUUACAGAAAACGUUUGACCUGUGUCAUUGCCAACAAAGGGUAUAUAACAAAGUAUUGAGAAACUUUUGUUAUUGACCAAAUACUUAUUUCCCACCAUAAUUUGCAAAUAAAUUCAUUAAAAAUCCUACAAUGUGAUUUUCUGGAGAAAAAAAAUCUCAUUUUGUCUGUCAUAGUUGACGUGUACCUAUGAUGAAAAUUACAGGCCUCUCUCAUCUUUUUAAGUGGGAGAACUUGCACAAUUGGUGGCUGACUAAAUACUUUUUUCCCCCACUGUAUAUACACAGUCUCUGCCAGACAGCCAGAGCUCUGGAAGGUUUGAAUGUCUACCAUAGUCUACAGAACUAGAUCAGAUUCAGGCUGCUCUGCUCUCGCACAAUCAGCAUAACUCAAUACAGCACUGAGCGGUUUGAGGUCAGCAACACUCACGAUGCUCAAUCACUCACACCCACUUUGUCUUACAGAUUUAUACACUCACAAAUUCAAGCAUGCAUACACACUCAAAAAACGUAUGAUCUUGUUUGCAAAUAUAUACACACUCAGCCUCUCUCUGCCUCUCUCUAUCUCUCCAUCUCUUUGUCACACACACCCUAAACUUAGAACAGACUGGUCCUUGUGUGUUGUGUUGUGUGGCAUUGGGAGGCCCAUUUUCUCUGUCACAGAGAGAGUUGCCUGUUUCUGGUUCUGGGGGCUUUGAAUGAGUCUUAUGUGCAGGGGGAGACUGCUGGGUACAGGGCUGGAUAGGCACAACAUGUUCUAGUAGUAGACCCCAGAGAGCCUAGCUCUGGGACCUGUAUUCACAAAGAGUGUCAGAGUAGGAUAUAGGAUCAGUUUUUCCUUUGAGUAAGACUAUAUGGACAGGUGGCACCUGAUCCUAGAUCAGCACUCCUACUCUUGAGAUGCUUUUUGAAUAAGGCCCCUGGAGUUGAGUGCUGUAGCCUGGUCCCAGAUAUGUUUGUGCUGUCUUGCCAACUCCUAUGGUCUUUGUCACAAUAGGAGUUGGCAAGACAACACGAUCAGAUCUGGUCCCAGGCUAGUAGUGUUGUAGUUUAGCUAAUCUCAGUGGCCCUGCCUGGUCUCUGCCUGUUCAUUUAGUGCCCACCACUCAGUCAUGUCAUGUGGCACUAUCAUGGUAUUUGGCUGCUGUGAGAUCAGAUAACAUGUCUCUGUCCAGCCCCCUCCCCCAAUGCUUCUGAGAUGAUGUGGCAUGCUGGUUCAUCCUCCCCACUACAGUCAUCUAUCUCUUUAUCUAUCUUUCUAUCUGACGCUCACUGCUGUGUGGCGCUCAGCCUCCUGUUGCUGCUUUGGGAUUUCUUUAUGGGUUCAAGACUGAGAGAAACACACAUGAAACAACACACACUCAAGAACACACAACUUUGACCUCUGUCUGUCUAUGAUCGCAGCCACAAACCACAGCCCAGACCACAAUAAUAUCCACUCCAUUAUACAAUACCUGUAAACAAUUAGACAAACAAACCAGCCAACCAACCAUAGCCCUGCAUUGUACCCCACCAUUGACUUUGGUCUUCCUUCCUUCACUCACUCACUCACUCACUCACUCACUCACUCACUCACUCACUCACUCACUCACUCACUCACUCACUCACUCACUCACUCACUCACUCACUCACUCACUCACUCACUUCGUCUUUACACAUCGUCCCUCUCUCUGGGUUCUACUGUUGCUCUGCACAUUCUAUAGAAGUAGAAUGAAUGGAACAAACCCUCUGCUCUCACAAUAGCAUUUUGACUCGUAAACUCAUUGGUGCACUCAAAAUGGCUAACCUGAAAUUCUAUUCAUUGUAGUUCUGUGGCCUAGACUCUAGGCACAGUAGAAGAUCAUGACACAGGACAGAAGCGUUUGUUUUGCCCUGCCGUGGACUCAUAUGGAGUGCUCUUUUCGUGUCUCCUCUCUAGGUUUCUCCCCCAAGAGAAUGCUUCUGUUGCCUGUCAUGAAAAUGCCUGCCUACCCCGUCCCCCACUACUCCUUCUUUUAGCACAGGGACACCCCACCUUGUUUUUUUAGAAGGGAAUCUGAGUCUUUUUGUUUUUCCAACAUAUCAAGGGGGGAACUGAACUAAAGGACUUCAGCAUGAUUUGUAAAAGAAGUUAAUAUUUUUUUUUUUACUGUUUCCAGCUUUUACAGUUAAAAAAACCUGCAGGUUUAAGUUCUUACAAAAAUGGAAAACUUGAAGGAUUUGUACUGUGAAU